CCACGUCACGAUACCGCGAGAUUACACAACAAGGAAACAGGAAGUGGAUACUUCCAUUGACUGCACUUUCGGAAACGCGGUGUUGACGCUGAGGCAUGUUCCCACACGGCGCAUCACCGAGGAGGCGACCGGCCAACAACCCCAGGCCGUAUCACGCACCCUCUCCGGUGGAUCCCCACUUUUUCCAGCGCGGAGGGGUCAACGGCUAUGAUGUUCCUGUACAUGACAGUUUGGCUACUCAUGAUUGGAAGCCUCACCCACCGGCGCCUCCUCCGCCUCGUCACAUGGAGAAUUGGCGCAAGCGGAAACAUGAGGACCACGACCCCUCGAUUGCGAAGCGCUUACGUGAUGACUCUUCGUCAUCCGUCCCUUCUUCAAGACAUCCUCAGAGUCGGCACUCCCGUCUCUCCUUUAGUCCUGACCAUGCGGUGGCGGGCUUCUCGAGAUCGUCCCCCGAUUUUGGUCACCUUCCCCCCCGCCCUCAUUCCCAUCUCCACCCUCACGUGCAUCCGGUCCCGCACAACUCCGCGAACCUGAACUUCUUCGCCAACGACAGGCUGAGCGCUCAGGUGAUGACGCUGUUCGAGAUGUGUCAGCAGCAGUCUUCUGAUUUAUGUCGGAAAGAGAAGUGGCGAAGUUGGCUGCAACGGGACAGGCGAAUCGCAGAAAUGGGGCGGCUGUAUAUGACGGGAUCCACCAUGAGUGGAUUCGCUACCCGGAGCAGUGAUGCCGAUUUGUGUUAUGUCCUCCAUGAAAGUGAAAAAAGAGAUCCAAUUGCUGUACUCUCUACCCUCCAAAGGAUAAUGAGGUCAAUGAUGUAUGUGGAGCGGCUGUGUCUGAUCAGAGCCAAAGUGCCGAUCCUCAGGUUCCAAGAGAAAGGCAGCAAUCUCGUGUUUGACCUGAACGUCAACAACACGGUGGGCAUCCGAAACACGUUCCUCCUGAAGAGUUAUGCAUACGUCGAACCCAGGAUACGACCCCUCGUCGUCGUGGUCAAGAAGUGGGCACGGCACCAUCAAAUCAACGAUGCCAGCCAAGGAACGUUAAGCAGCUACGCCCUGGCGCUGAUGGUGCUGCACUACCUGCAGACUCUCAAAGAACCAGUGCUUCCUUCGCUACAGAUGGACUUUCCAGAGUGUUUUGAUCCAUCUUUGGAGAUCGACAUGAUCCCCGAGGCAUGUAAAAACAUGCCCCGGUACAACUCCCAAAACCAGUCGUCUCUGGGAACGCUCCUUCUGGGUUUUCUCCAAUAUUAUGCAACGGAAUUCAGCUGGAAGAGGAACGUGAUCUCUGUUCGAGCUGGCAAAGCUUUGCCCAAGCAGAAUCAUCCAAAUUGGAACGACAAACUCAUAUGCGUGGAAGAGCCAUUUGAGAAGAAAAAUGUUGCACGGGCAGUCUUCAAGGAAGCCAAAUUUGAUGCCAUUAAAUUUCAGUUUCUAGAGUCCUGGCAAAUACUACGAACGGAAAUGGACCUGAACUCAAUUCUUCCUGUACAAAAGAUCAUUGAAGAGGAAACAUGUUGGAAAUGAGGUGUUACAUGACUCGAUGUGUUAUUACAACUCUUCUACAACCGUGCAGCUUUUCCCAAAGAGGCACAGGGUGCAUCUUUCUCAAAAUACCCCCCCCCGCCCCCCGCCCCCCGUCUGCUGCAGCUUCAUCUGAUUUGCUUAUACCCGUCAUAAGAAAUUGUUUAGAUUUUAUUGUAUUUCUCCUGUCACACACCAAGUGUCUUUUGUACAUGUUUUUGAGUUUUGUUAAGAAAUUAAAUCACUAAAUGUGAUCGAUUUGAAAUCA